AUGUAGUCACUGGAAAAAUAUAAGUUUAUACGUGCGGUCUCACAUCUUACAUAACCUAACUAAGUAUGAAGCUCGUAUAUCGUAUUGUAACGAGUAUCAUCGUUGUGGACACCGGUGGCUGGCAUGGACGAACUUUCAUACUCACCUGUUUACGAUGAAAAAACGCUACAUUUUUUGGAUCAACAGUUUUCACGAAUUAAUGACGAGUGUUACGUGGACCAUGCAGGUGCUACAUUAUAUUCCAAUGAACAGAUAAAAAAGUCUUCGGAUGACUUGUUGCAAUCAUUAUAUACAAAUCCUCAUUCUCAUGGCGUGAAUGGCAAUUUAACUGAGGAUAUUGUUGACAACGUUCGAUAUAGAAUUCUAGAUCAUUUUCAUACAAAUCAAGAUGAGUAUUCGGUUAUUUUUACAUCUGGUUCAACGGCAUCAUUAAAACUUGUAGCUGAGACAUUUAAUUUUAAUAAUGAUGGAUCGGCUGAAGCGGCUGGAAAUUUUGUUUACCUUCAAGAUAAUCACACGUCUGUCCUUGGCAUGCGGGAUGUAACUUUUCAAAGAGGAGCCAAGGUUGUUUGUAUUGACCACAUCAGUGCCUUUAAACUUCUGGGCUGCAACAACCGGAAUAAUGAUUCGCCUAAAGAUCGGAAAAAUAAUUCUCUCUUUGUUUAUCCAGCUCAGUGCAAUUUUUCAGGAUUGAAGUAUCCCUUAAAUUGGAUUAAAAAUAUAAAACAAGGAUGCCUGAAUGCCCAUGUGAAGACUAAUAGUAAUUGGUUUAUUUUACUUGAUGCUGCUUGCUAUGCUGGUACCAGUGAUCUCAAUCUUUCAUAUUAUAAACCAGAUUUCAUUUGCCUGUCAUUUUAUAAGUUAUUUGGCUAUCCUACUGGCUUGGGGGCUCUUCUAGUCAAGAAUGAUAGUGCUUUUACUUUACAAAAAACUUUUUAUGGUGGCGGAACAGUGGAUAUAGUUCUUAGCUCUAAAAUGCAUCAUGUAAAAAGACAAUCGUUAAGCCAGAGAUUUGAAGAUGGAACGAUUUCCUUCUUGUCAAUCAUUUCUUUACAAUACGGGUUUCAAAUACUAUCCAGUAUUACUAUGAAAAGUAUAAGUGAACAUGUAUUCUCACUGGCUCGAUAUUUACAUCAUUCUUUGCUACUUUUGCAUCACGAAAAUGGUGCACCAGUGGUGAAAUUGUAUGCAGACACAAACUAUAAGGACAAAAAUUUACAAGGUGGAAUUGUGUCUUUUAAUUUGCUAAGAGCCAAUGGAGACUAUGUAGGAUACAUGGAAGUUUCAAACAUAGCAGCUUUACAUAAAAUUCAUCUAAGAACUGGAUGUUUUUGUAACCCUGGGACAUGUCAACGCCACUUGGGUCUCACUGAUAGACAAAUUUUAAAAAACUAUGAUACAGGAUUUACUUGUGGUGGUACAAGUGAUCUUAUUAACGGAAUCCCAACAGGAGCUGUUAGAAUAUCUUUUGGCUACAUGUCGACAGUCGAAGAUGCGAAAAUAAUUAUUAAAAUGAUAAAACAGUGCUUUGUUAGCGGAAAAGAAGUUUUGAAGGUUCCAAAAUGGUGGAAUGAUUUUGAGUUUCAAUUGAGCACGAAAUAUAAAGGAGUAGUUACAAAAAUUGAUAAUGAUUUCAGUCCAAUUAAAACUGUAUCAAACGAAAAGUCUCCAGAUUGCCAAAAUGUAAUUACUAAUUAUAACAUUGAAGUGAGAGACAGGAAUUGUAGAUUAGCUAAAAUAUUUAUCUAUCCCAUUAAAUCUUGUGGGGCAUACGAAGUUCAAGAUUCUUGGAAGUUAACUUCCAAAGGAUUGCUGUAUGAUCGCGAAUGGAUGAUUGUAACUUCCGCAGGAGUUAGUUUAACCCAAAAACACGAAGUAAGACUUUGUUUAAUAAAACCAGUUAUUGAUUUGAAAAAUAAUGAAUUGAUAUUAAAUUAUCCAGAUGUUCCAUCGAUUAAAAUACCAUUACUCAUUUCAUCAUACACAGCAGAAAAAAACGAAAUAUGUAAAGGAAAAGUGUGCCGACAUAAGGUUGAAGGAAUAGAUUGUGGAAUUGAAGUUUCUGAAUGGUUGAGCUUAGCUUUGGGCAGACCUAAUCUAAAAUUGAUCAGGCAGUGGGGAUCAGUUAAGCAAGAAUUAUCUUUUGCUAGUCAAAGCCAAUAUUUAUUGGUCAAUCUAUCCAGUAUAUCAUGGCUUGCAGAUAGAAUUCCAAAAACUUCAGAUUUGGAUAAAAGUACAAUGUUGCACAGAUUUCGAAGUAAUUUUGCCAUUGAAGGCUGUGCUCCGUUUAAAGAAACAAACUGGAAGAUGCUUGAAAUUGGGAAUUGUCAAUUUGAGGUUGAAGGAAUAUGCAACAGAUGUCAAAUGAUAUGUAUUGAUCAGAAGACUAGUGAAAAAACUGUGGAACCUUUACGUACUUUGGCUGAAGAAUUUUGUGGAAAAAUUAAAUUCGGUAUAUAUUUAGCCAACAAAAAUAAUAAAAAUAAUGUAUUAAAAGUGGGAGAAGAAAUUAAUUUCAAUUAAAAUAUAUUGUAUAGUUGUAUCAGUA